AUGUGCGGCAUAUUCUGCCUGCUGAGUCUGCCUCCUGCUCAGUUUGAGUGGGAUAAAACAAUUUAUCAACAUUUAAAGAGAAGAGGACCUGACUUCAGCCAGGAUAUCACAGUCAGAGGUGCAAAUCCCUGUUUUCGAUGUCUUUUCUCUGCCCAUGUUCUCCACAUGAGAGGUCUUCUCACCCCUCAGCCAGCUCAAGACAACGCUGGAAAUGUCUUACUAUGGAACGGGGAGAUUUUUGGAGGCGUUUCUGUGAUGCCGGAGGAAAAUGAUACCGCUGUUGUCUCUCAGUGUCUGUCAUCGUGCAGGAGCCCUUCAGAGAUUCUGGCUGUUCUGUCCACCAUACGCGGACCAUGGGGGUUUGUUUACUACCAGAAGGCGGCAGACUGCCUCUGGUUUGGCCGAGACUUCUUUGGGAGGCGGAGUUUGCUGUGGAAAUUUGAUGAAAACAUAAAUGCUUUGACUCUUACUUCUGUUGCAGCUUGCAGCUUUGGAGAAGAUCAGUCUGCCUGGCAGGAAGUCCCAGCAGCUGGCGUGUACAAGAUCAGUCUAAAAGCUGCUGUAGAAGCUGGUUCAGUGAUGUUUGAAGUUUUUCCUUGGGCUCAUGAAGGAAAUAAGUUUAUCUCAGGCUGCAGUGAGACUAUCUUAGAGUCUGUGCCGAGUGGCUGCAGUGCUGUGAUAAAUGAAGAAGGCCUAGUGCUCUCCUCACCAGUGUGCCCUCUGAAUACAUCUAUCCCAGAGUCAAUAAAUGAACAAGAAAUUCAUUCAAACUCAUGCAUCAAGGAUCCGGAGCAGCUGCUUGCAAGCAAAGAUAAAAACAAUGAAGUGAACCGUCUUAUUGAUGUUCUCAGUGAGGCUGUGCGACGGCGUGUUCAGUCUCUGCCCCUCAGGAUGCAGAAUGAUUCCACUCCUACUCGUGACCAGGCUAGUGUUGCCAUCCUUUUCUCUGGUGGGAUCGAUUCCAUGAUCCUGGCGGUGUUAGCCGAUCGCCACAUACCUGCUCACGAACCAAUAGACCUCCUCAAUGUAGCGUUCAAACUGCAGGAGCCAAAGAAGCAGAAAGAGUCAGCAAAGGAACCCAAGAAGCACAAAAAUAAACCAACAGAUGAGAAGCAGAGAGCUGAUUGCAAAAUUUCCAGCCCUUUUGAUGUUCCAGACAGAAUUACAGGAAGAGCCGGCCUCAAGGAAUUACAAGACUUGAAUCCUGAAAGAAGAUGGAACUUUGUUGAAGUUGAUGUAACGCAGGAGGAGCUGCAGGAGAUGCGACAGGAGCGUGUUUGUCAUCUGGUGCAUCCACUGGAUACGGUCCUGGAUGACAGUAUCGGGUGUGCUGUGUGGUUUGCAGCCAGAGGGAGAGGGUUCCUCAUGGAGGGUGGUGACCGGAGGAGCUUCACAUCAUCAGCAAAGGUCAUUUUAACAGGAAUUGGAGCAGAUGAGCAGCUAGCAGGAUACUCCAGACACAGAGUCCGAUUUAAAACUUCAGGACAUGAGGGACUGAUCCAGGAGCUGGCCAUGGAGCUAGGCAGGAUCUCUUCCAGGAAUCUAGGCCGGGAUGACCGAGUGAUAGGCGACCAUGGAAAAGAGGCGAGGUUUCCCUACUUGGACGAGGAUGUGGUGAGCUACUUAAAUUCUCUUCCUGUGUGGGAGAAAGCAGAUCUGACUCUUCCUCGAGGCGUCGGAGAGAAACUCCUCCUCAGACUGACAGCAAAGCAGCUCGGUCUCGGCCAAUCAGCUGUCCUGCCUAAAAGAGCCAUGCAGUUCGGCUCCCGCAUCGCAAAGAUGGAGGACAAACAUGAGAAAGCCUCUGAUAAAUGCACAAGACUCCUUACAGGGUAGACAAUAUAAAAAU